AUGAUGUCUUCUAUCUCUGACUUCGUCGACCUUGGACAGCCUAUGUUCUGGUCUAGCAUUUGUUUCAACCCUACGUUCUGGAACACAGCCGCAAGAUCAGAGUACCACAACAAGACCAUCACCAAGCUGUUUGGCGGCAACUCGCUUUACGGCUGCUAUGCCCUCGCCGUGACAAUCUUCACCCUUGGAAUUGUUCGAGACAGCAUCGACACACGAUAUCGAGAGGCACCAGACUAUGAGAUCUUGCUAACAGAACCAAAGCNNUACGAACGCGCUCUGCGCAGUCAGCCCACUCACCCGCUCCUCGUUGGUCCCGUCUCCGAGGCCUUAGCUAUCGCUCUUNUUGCAUCCGGCAACGUCCUCGUUCUUACCUCCAUGUACGCUCUCGGUAUCACUGGCACCUACCUCGGUGACUACUUCGGCAUUCUCAUGGAUGACAUGGUCACUGGCUUCCCGUUCAACGUGUCUUCGGCACCCAUGUACUACGGCUCUACCCUCAGCUUCCUGGGAUCGGCAUUGUGGUUCGGUAAGCCUGCAGGAGUGGUCUUGACGGGAUUGGUAUUCUUGGUUUACAAAGUCGCCUUGACAUACGAGGAUCCAUUCACUGCCGGUAUCUAUGCCGAGAGGGAGAGAAAGCAGAAGGCCGAGGGCAAGAAGGUCUGUUGA